AUGGCUUCCUCAUACCCGUUUCCAGACAAUGUCCAUGUCUCGAGUUCUGUCACUCUGAAACUCAACAACAGCAACUACUUGCUGUGGAAGACUCAAUUUGAGUCUCUCCUAUCGAGUCACAAGCUCAUAGGGUUUGUCAAUGGAGCCGUUUCUGCUCCAACAAAGACACGUCAAGUUGUCCAAGACGAUGUCUCCAGUGAAGUCACCAACUCGCAGUAUGAGUCUUGGUUCUGUACCGAUCAGCUUGUCAGGUCGUGGCUGUUUGGAACUCUUUCUGAAGAAGUGUUAGGUCAUGUUCACAGCCUCCCCACGGCUCGUGAGAUUUGGCUUGCUCUCGCUGAAAACUUCAACAAGAGCAGUGUCGCCAGAGAAUUCUCUCUCCGACGCAGUCUUCAGCUUCUGUCAAAGAAGGAAAAAUCUCUUUCUACCUACUGUCGUGAAUUCAAAUCCAUUUGUGACUCCCUUAGCUCCAUCGGCAAACCAGUUGACGAAUCCAUGAAGAUCUUUGGCUUCUUGAACGGUUUAGGUCGAGAAUACGACCCUAUAGCAACUGUCAUUCAGAGUUCCUUGAGCAAGCUCUCACCUCCUACGAAUGAUGUUGUGUCGGAAGUCCAAGGAUUUGACAGCAAACUCCAGUCGUAUGAUGAUGCGUCUUCGGUCACUCCUCAUCUUGCAUUCAUGACCGACAAGACAAAUCCGUGUGCUCCUCAGUUUCAACCCAGUCAGAGAGGUCGUGGUGGUCGAUUUGGCCAAAACAGAGGCAGAGGAGGCUACACUACUCGCGGCAGAGGCUUCUCCCAGCACCAAUCUGUCUCUCCGUCUCAAGGACAGCGCCCAAUCUGUCAAAUCUGUGGCCGCAUUGGUCACACAGCUAUCAAAUGCUACAAUCGUUUUGAGAACAACUAUCAAACUGAAGUUCCCACUCAAGCGUUUGCUUCUCUUCAAGUCUCUGAUGAUAGUGGUCGUGAGUGGCAUCCGGACUCUGCAGCUACGGCUCACAUAACAUCCUCGACGUCUGGACUGCAGGAAGUAAAAGCCUAUGAUGGAACUGAUGCAGUGAUGGUUGGUGAUGGAGCUUACCUUCCCAUCACACAUGUUGGAUCAACCACCAUUUCUUCUGCUAAAGGUACAAUUCCCUUACAUGAAGUUCUCGUAUGUCCUGAUAUAAAGAAAGAUCUCUUAUCUGUGGGCAAGUUAUGUGAUGAUUAUCCUUGUGGAGUGUUCUUUGAUUCUAAUUCAGUAUAUAUAAUUGACUUAACCACUCAGAAAGUGGUGUCCAAGGGUCCUCGUAGAACAGGACUAUAUGUGCUGCAGAAUCAAGUGUUUGUUGCGCUCUACUCAAACCGUUAG